AUGGCGGAAGCACAAAGCCGUCAAAAGAGUUAUACCGAUACAAGGAGAAUAGACUUAUCAUUUGAAAUUGUUAAGAAAGUUGGACUUGUCACUUAUAGAGUUGCAUUGCCGGACUAUUUUGGGGAAGUUCAUGAUGUGUUCCAUGUGUUGACAUUGAAGAAGUGUUUUGGACAACAAGAGCUACGUUUUGUUGACCCUGAAUGCAUUCAACUUUACCCGAACCUUACUUAUGAAACUGCCUCGACGCAGAUCGUGGAUUGGAAAGAGCAAAGGCUAAGGUCUAAGACGAUACCUUUGGUGAAAGUGUCAUGGGACGAUCCGUUGGCUCAAUAUUUCUCUUGGGAGAGAGAAGCCGAUAUAAGGGAGCAAUAUCCAUAUUUGUUUCUUUGA